UUAUUAAUAUAAUUUUAUUUUAUUUUUUCCAGUUUUAUGUCUUGCUUAACAUAGAAUUUUACAUUUUAAAUAUGUUAACAAUCUUCUAGACAUACAUUUUUUUAAUAAUAUUUUAUAGUCUUGAUCAAUAGAGGAUAUACAUAGUAAAUAUAUAAAUUUGAACUAAUUUACAUCAUAUUUUGAUCAUGAUUUGAUCUAUAUGACGUUAAAUUAACAUUACUUUGACUUCGUGUUCUAUCUAAAUAUUUUGUAAAAAGUUCAUAGCAGAAACGUUUUAAGGCUCCUAAGGAAUGUACUUUGUCGUAUUGUGGGAUGAAUGGUCUGCGACCAUACUAUCAUCGUGGUUGAUAUUAAUAUCUAAAGCUUUUAAAUGGCCACCGAAAAACGCUAGUUUUGAGUCUAGAAAGAACUCGUUACCUAAUAAUGAUUGGGAGGUUAUUAACUAUAAAAAAUUAUUAGGACCUUUUGAUACCUACAAGAAAGCUAGAGAAUUUGAAAUAGAAAUUACAAAUAUUUCUACGAAUGAUGAAGAAACAUUGUCAACUAUAAAAGAAAAAAUGUAUAAUAAAGCAUCUUUACAAAAAAAACAAAUUAAUAAACCAUCUCGUUACUGUUCAUCUUCCGAGGAGGAAAAAGAAAAUGAAAAUUUAGAUAAUAUAGCUGAAAAGAAAAUUAAUAAAUUAUUAAUGUACCGUGAAAAUGAUACAUCUACUAAAAUUAAUGAACUAAAAGAGCUAUAUAUUCCAAAACCUCCUAUGACCUAUAAACCAAUGAAAAAAGUUGUUGAAACAAGCUCUGCUCAACAUUGUGAUAUUAAUUAUUAUUUUCCUUUAUUAUUUGAUUGA